CGCUCCAAGGAUGAAAACAUUAGACCCUGCGAUAGACAGAACAUAUACUGCUACUCAACAACUCGUUCCAUAUGGGCAUCCACACGCUACAAACAAGGGUAUGUCUUGGCGCAAACAGAAGACUCUCCAAUUGCACCGAGCCCUGACCUCUGAUCCCAUUGACAUAGACACUCUGAGGAGUGCAGCAGUUGGUGAAGGGGGGCUUCUAAGCCAAGAGAUCCGUAGGAAAGUGUGGCCCAAACUUCUCAAUGUCAACGUCUUCUGCCUCCCCGCUAAACCAGGACCCGCUGUGCGGUGCAAUCAUAAAGAUUAUAAUCAGGUUGAGAUGGAUGUGAGAAGGUCUGUGCGCCGGUUUCCUGCAGGGAUGCGUGAUGCGGAGCGCUCUAUCUUGCAGCAGCAGCUGAUGGAUAUAAUUCUGUUCGUUCUUCAGUCUCAUCCAGAGCUUCAUUAUUACCAAGGAUACCACGAUAUCGCUGUCACUCUCCUACUGACUGUGGGACCACGUCUGGCUACCGCCAUGCUCUCCACCCUGUCCACACAUCACCUGCGAGAUUUUAUGGAGCAUACCAUGGAUCACACAAAGCACAUGCUUAAUUAUCUGAUGCCACUAAUACAGAGUCAAAGCACCCCGCUACAUGACUUCCUGUUCAGGUCAGAGGUCGGCUAUAUAUUCGCCCUAAGCUGGCUGAUCACGUGGUACGGACACGUUCUCAGUGAUUAUCACCAAGUCCUGCGCUUAUAUGACUUCUUCUUGGCCUCGCACCCGCUCAUGCCGGUAUACUGCGCAGCACAGAUGGUUUUAAUGAGAGAACAAGAUAUCCUGAGUGUUGAUUGUGACAUGCCCAGUGUACACCAACUUCUGUCCAACAUUCCCAAAGAUUUUCCAUUUGAAGACCUGGUUUCUAGAGCUCACACUCUCUUCCACAGACACCCUCCUUCAGAUGUAGUGAAGCGAGCAUCGUUGCAGAAAUAUAAAAGUAUUUCCAGCACUUCGUUCCAUUCCCUUCUGGUUUCUUCGUCCUCCCAGCGGCCGGACUUCGUGCUUUGUAAGCAGACUGUCACUGAGUCGAAGGCCCUCCUCCCUCGUUCCCAGAACACUCUGGUGAAAGUGGCCGUGUGGGGCCUGUCUGCCUCCUUGGGUGCCGUUGCACUUGUCAUCACUCAGAGCGCCCUCGAGUGGGGACCGGAAAUUCUGUUAGGACUAUUCUGAUGAUCCAAGGAUCGAUGGGAAUUGACGAGUCUUGUGAAAGAUUAAUCCUCCGGUGCUGAUAAUAUUGUAUAAUAUUGUGUAUUAUA